AUGAACGCGGGCGACAGGGCAAGCGGGACCAGCCAGGUCGUGAACACUCACACAUUCACAUUUGACCACGUGUAUGACCAAGUUGCUUCACAGCCGGAGGUUUAUGCAAGCACUGCCCGAUCAUCAGUGAUUUCAGCCCUGCAGGGGUAUAAUGCCACCGUCUUGGCUUAUGGCCCGACUGGGACUGGGAAGACCUACACCAUGGAGGGAUGUCAGGGCGAGAAUGGGCAUGGCAUUAUCCCUCGCUCCAUGGAGGACAUCUUCCAGCAUAUCGCAGAGGCCCACACUGCACCAGGGUCAUUCCAGGUUCGAGCCUCCUACCUCCAGAUUUACAACGAAGUCAUUUUCGACUUGCUGAAGCCGGAUAGGUCGCAUUUGAUGAUUCGUGAAGAUCGGAGGAGAGGUGUCUUCGUGGAAGGUUUGUCGGAGUGGCUUUGCCGAAGCCCAGACGAGGUGCAGAAACUGAUGGAGCAUGGAUCGACAGCCAGGGCGACAGCCCAGACAGGCGUGAACGACACGUCCAGUCGCUCCCAUGCCGUUUUCAUCAUUGUAGUUGAGCACGAGAGCUUCGAAGGCAAGCGCACAGGACGCCUAAACCUGGUGGACUUGGCUGGCUCGGAGCGGCCUCGCCUCACAGGAGCUACCGGCCAGCGCCUGGAGGAGACAAAAAAGAUCAACCAGAGCCUCUCCGCCCUGGGCAAUGUCAUCUCGGCUUUAACAGAGCGGAGAGGAAACGUUUCCCGGCCCCACGUGCCAUACCGGGACUCGAAGCUGACACGGCUGUUGGAGGAUUCGCUGGGGGGAAAUUGCCGCACCACCAUGAUGGCCAUGGUAUCGCCAGCUGCAGAGGCUUUCGCGGAAUCCUUGUCGACUCUCAAGUUUGCCCAACGUGCCAAAGGGGUCAUGACCACCCCUCAGGUAAACGAAGACCUGGAUCCCAGAACUUUGACUCGGAGGUACGAGGCAGAAAUUCGUCGCUUGCGCAGUGAACUGGCGGAGCGCAGCCAGGAAGCCAAGAGGAGUGUCGCCUCGGAGCUUCCUGAAUGUCUAGAUCCAUACAGCCUGCCUACUGAGUCCAUGACACCGUUGCGGACAGACCUGGCAGGAAGCCGGUCUUCAAGCAUUUCCGUUGCUAGAGAGCGUGCGGCCGUGGAAGAGGACAAGGCACAGGUUGGUCGAUACAAGCAGCUGCUUCUGAAGCAACGUGACAUCAUGAUUGCGUUGACGCAGCGAUUGCACGAGCGGGAUGAGACCAUCAUCAGUCUGCAGGCUGAGUUGGAUGCUCGUGACCGCAGCAUCACCGAGUUGACGCAGCGUGCAGAUCGUCAGGCGCUCCGCCUGGCUGCUGCAGAGAAGGCCCUACAGGCCUCUUCAAAGGCCAACAUGGUCAGUGGCGGAGCCGCUGCAUCAGGACCAGGCCUAUUUCCUCGGCAGCCACCUCCGGUGGCCAUCCAGACAGCUUUGCCGGAGGCUCCACCAUCACCGAAGAGGUCUCCUCGAGCGGCAGAGCUGGAGAAUCUUCCAAGAUACUUACCAGACAGCCGGUUCGACUCCCCAACAGCUUCCGACGUUUUGAGCCACCGCAGAGCUGCGGGCGAGCCCAGCACCGUGGUUGGCGGGCCUGGCCUUCUCAGCGCAGAUGACAAGGUACUUGAGCUGACCUCGCUGCUCGAAGCACAACGACAGGAAAAUCACAGGAUGAAGCUGGAGCUGGAGACCAUGCAAGACUCCAUGCUUCCACUGCGCGGGGCCUCCGUAGCUAGCACAAUGGCCAGCAGCUUUAGUCCAGAUUUACCGAUUCAUCGCACAGAUCUGCUUGGACGAUUCCGUGAUCAUCACUCGGAUCGUCACUCGUGGACAAAGCCUCAUCCUGUGCAUGAUGAUAUUCGCCGACACGGAUGGAUGCAGGGAUCCACCAAGAGCGACAGUUUCAGGGCAAUGGGACCAAGCGGCUCCGGCACAAGAUGCACAGCGUGA